AUGACCGUAAAUUAUCAGUUGAUCGUGUCUUCCGUCUCGGCCGGAACUUUUUUUCGGCUGCUUUUUAGGUGGAGAGGUUAGGAAAUACUUUGAUCGCGAUGAGAACGGCUUUAAAUGGUGCUAUCAUGUUUUUUAAGUACUGCGCCGAAAGUCGUUUCAGGUCGGCUGCAAAGGCUUCUCAAGGUGCGGCACUUUGAGCCAUUCCAUGUGCGACCAUAGAAUUCCAAACUAGGGUUUUUAAAGUGAGAAAAUUACAUAGUUUACAGUUUCGUAGUGAAGGAUUAUAAUGUGAUGCUUAUUUUUGGAAGAUAUCUUAGGAUCUCCAGAGUGGUUCCUAUAGUGACAACCUUAGGGUCCUUGUAGGAUCCCCCUAGGGAACACUUUACCAAUCCCUUUAGGGGGCACUAAAGCUUGCAAAAGUGGUCCCUCUAGGGGGAAAGCUGGUCGAUAACUUUUUUUGAAGAUGCAUUUCCAUAAGAAAAACUGAAUAAAUAUGCGUUUGUUGGAAAUCGAGAAUCCCCUAUAGGGUCCACUUGAGACCCUAAACCUUUAUUGGGACCACUUUUAUUUUACCCCUAUAGGGACCACUUUUUCGGUCCCACAGGAGUUGUUUUCCCCCCUGAUCCCUAUAGGGGCCACUCUGGAACCCUGAGUAAGCUUGGCCUAAGAAUUUCUGGACGCAUUUGGAAUGGCUCAAAGGCUCGCGGUUAAGAGGAUGAUUUACUUAAUUAUCUUGGAUAGUCCCUAGCGCAAGUAGUUUCGUGUCGGAUGCGUUUUUUACUUACGCUUUCAAAGAGCAAUAAGUUUAAAGCGACAAGCGGCUUCCUGAAAAGUUCUGUGGUAAAGGAGAUUUUUAAGGAUCGAUAUGGAAAUCGGUGAUCACGGAGCUCUCGAUUUGGCUCGUUUGUUAUUACCUCAUCUUUUUCUGCUAUCGAUUUCUGGCCACGGCUAGUUUUCAAACGUGGGUUUUUCAUUUGAAUCAUUGAAUUAUUUGAUUUUUUACGGGCAAAAAAAUUGAGUUUUUUUGUUGUUUAUUUAUUGAUUUAUUUUGCGUUUUUUUCUCACAAGGGAUGAAGAAAAUUCAGAAGAAAAAAAGAGUACAAUUCACAAAAACCAUUUAGUUGAAUAUUCAAAAAAAUUAUGAUCAAAUAAUUCCUCAAAAAAAGAUUUUCAAUUCAAAUUUCGAUGCCAACUUGUCGACAAAAAAAAAAUCAAAAUUUCCGUCUUCAAAAUUUUCCCCACUUCAGCUUUUUGGAACACUUGAUGAAUCACAUGGACGACCGAUUGAAGUAUAUCCCCCUGACUUUUAUGCUCGGAUUCUUCGUCACGACGGUUUUCGAACGAUGGAGGGCCAUUAUGACGGCGCUUCCUUUUAUUGAGAGGUUCCUCUUUUUCGGAAAAAUAAAUAGUUUUUUCAGUUUCCUUGAUAUAGCUGAUUCACGGCUGGCUUGAGCCAUCAAAAAAGGGUCCUGACACGAUAAUGCACGAGAUAGCGCCUGGCUCGUGGAGAGCGCAGACAGGACACGCCCCCUUAGAGUUCCAAGCUGGCCGUGAAUCAGCUAUAUAGUUAUUUUUGUUAUUGUUAUUUUUUUUCCUUUAAUUAAAAGGUUGAAUUUUAUUCAUUGGUAGGGAAAUGGUUUUUCAAUGAAUCUUUGAUAAAGUUUUCUAUCGGUUACAGAGAUCUGAGCCAGCUUGGCUUUUUUUCUGCUUCCCUUCAAAACGCGAGACCUGUUUUUGAGCAUGCGCCUUUAAUUUCGUAUGGAAAUUUGCGGGUUUUUUUUAAAGGCGCAUUCGAGAGACAGGUCUCGAAGGGAAGGGUUCUGUAGCUCACAGAAAAAAAUUAACGUGAAAAGAUGGCGUAUAUGGGGAAAGAUACUUUUUUGGCAGAAAAUCGCUUGGAAAUGAGUGAUUUUCGGAGCGAAUUUCAGCAAGAUAUCUUCAUUCUCAUUAGCCUGAUCUUUGGUAAUUACCAUGAAACUUUACAUUUUCUCAGUUUUCCAACGUCAUGGCCUCUAUAAAAACCUUUUCAAACUGAUAUUCUAGGUUUUUAGGAAUUUCUUAUGCGUGAAAAAUUCAGUCCCAAGAAAAUGAUCGAAAACUACAACAAGAGAAUUUGGAUAAAAUCACGAUUUUUCCAGCGUCGCCAUCUCCACUUCGAUGCUAGUUCCAGGCCUAACCGAAGAGGCCCGUCUCAUUAGAAGAGCCAUUAUUCGAUAUGUGGUUCUUUCUCAGGUGUUUUAUCAUCAAAAAUUAAUUUAUAAUAGUUUUUAAGGUCCUCGUGUUCCGAGACAUCUCGAUGAGAGUCAGGAGACGAUUUCCGAAUAUUUUGUCUCUGGUUGAAGCCGGCUUUCUGGAGGAAAGUGAGCUGGACGACUUGGAGGCCGUCCAUGCACGUCCUGGCAACCGUUAUUGGGUGCCGAUGAACUGGGCCAAUUCCAUUAUCUUGGAAGCUCAUCAGGUUGAAAAUACAAGAAAUAUUUUUUUCAAAAAGAAAAAAGAAAAAAAGCCUUUCACAUUUUUUUUCGGGUACAGUCGGAAUGGUGGAUAAUGGCCGCUAGAAGGCUCAAAAAAGGUCUCAGGAAGGCAGCAAAAAGGGUCCCUUUAUCGAGCCUCCCUUUUUUUCUACAAUUUUAAAGGCUCAAGAAAUGGUGGAGAAAAGGAGAGGCAGCAAAAAUGGUGCAUAAGAGCCGAUGAAAUGGCGCAAAAAGACAGUAAAAAAGGAACCUUUCUCAAAGAACAUUUCUAUGGAACCUUUUCCCACCCUUUUCGACUUUGCCUAUGGAGUUUGAUCAGAUCAAAAACUCAAAAAACCGUAAGAAAGGGUGGUAUGAAAAAAACACCAGCGAAAAUUCAAACGACGACUUUUCCGAUUUUUUCAUAUCGCUCGGGAACUUUCCGACGGCCACCUUUCCGACGGAUCCCUUUCCGACUUUUUUUCUCGAUUAAAUCUUCAUUUCAAAUCUUCCUAUAUAAAGUAGGUAGUUGGUUCAUGAUUAAAACACAAAGAAAUAGAAAAAAACAAUGUUUAUAGAUGUUUUAUAAACCGAAAAACUUAAGCGAAAAAAAGUCGAAAAGGGAUUCGGCAGAAAGGUGGCCGUCGGAAAGUUCCCUAGCGAUAUGAAAAAAAUCGGAAAAAGUCGCCGUUUGAAUUUUCGCUGGUGGUUUUUUUCAUACCACCUAAGAAAGAGGAGAAUUUCAGACAAAUUUUACAAAUGUGAGUUUUAAAAAGAAUAAAAAUUCAUUAGAAUUUUGGAAACUUGAGCUUUUUAUGGAGAAAAAAAUAAGGAGAGUACAAGUUCCAAAGAAAAGGCCUUGAAAGUGACAAGCAUACUUCAAAAAGUUUGAAUUUGUUUGAAAAUGAAAAAAAAGACUUAGCGGAAAAAUCGAUUUUUUUUUUCUCCGUUCGUUAUCCGUUUCAAGCAGGUUAUAUGAUAAAAUAUGACUUUCUUAUUCGGUAGCUCGUAUACAUCCUAUAGAAAUUUUCAUAUCUCAAGACUUGAGUUAACUCGGAAUGGUGGAUAAUGGUUGCAAAAGGCUCAAAAAAGGCCGCAGAAAGGCAGGAAAAACCCUUAACGAGCCUUCCAUUUUUCUGGGACUCCAAAGGAUCAAGAAAAGGUGGAAAAAGGGAGAGGCAACAAAAAUGGUGCAUAACAGUCGAUGAAAUGGCGCAAAAAGGCAGCAAAAAGGAACAUUUCUCGAGCUUUUUCCACCCUUUUCGACUUUGCCUUAGUUUGCGUCGGACGAAUUUUCAAAGUUGAGCUUUUUGUGAACUGCGAAAAAUGAAAUUAAUAAAUUUACUUGUCGGAAAAAAAUGGUUUUUAUAAAAGAGGUUUUUUUCCAGCUUCGAUUAUAGUCUGUUCAGACUUUGAAUGUCAAGUGUAAUGACGUCAUUCAAAAACACUAUGUGAAUGGCUCGCUCUCUUUAUCGUGCCAUGGAGCUUGAGCGACGACUUGAUAUUCAAAAUCUGAACAGACUAUAGUUUAGUUUUAGUCGCUCCAUCGAUAAAAAUUUAUUGUAGUCUGUUCAGAUUUUGAAUGUCAAUUCGUCGCUCAAGCUCCGCCCCUAACGGUGCGAUAAACCAAUCAGAGAGCGAGCCACUCACAGAGUGUUUUUGAAUGACGUCAUUGCACUUGCCAUUAAAAAUCUGAACAGACUAUAAUUUUCUAAUUUUUCCCCUAGAAACCCAUAGUUUUCGGAAAAUAAAAUCAUGAAAACGAACGGAAUCUGAAUGACCAUGAACUAUAUCGUCAAACAAAGGAAGCUUUGGUUCUUUAUGAAGAAUUUUAGAAAGCUGAAGAAGUAAUCUUUCAAUCUUCAUUGAGCUGAUUCACGGCUGGCUUGAGCCAUCGAGAAAAGGGUCCUGCCACGAAAAGAGACGAGACAGUGCCCUGGUUGGUGGAGAGUGCAGAAAGGCCACGCCUUUUUGCGUCCCAAGCUAGCCGUGAAUCGUCUAUAUUCUUUUUUUUUUAAUGUAUAUAUGAGCCUUGAAAAGUAACAGUUUUUAAAUGAAGCUUCAACUGAUUUUUUGUGAGCUGGGUUGACAAAUUUCAAGAGUAAAAAUAACGUUACGUAUCAUUUCCAAGGAAUAAUUCUUUGAUUUCUCGCUUUGGCUCAGAAACUUGUAAAAAACUCUAGUUUCUUAUCAAAAAUCUGGUCUGGAAGAAAAAUUUUCUCACGAAAAAAUUUGGUUUUCACAACUUUAUUUCACAAUAACUUUGAGAGAAUCAUCCGCGGAUGAGAUAUUACAAGAAAAAUUCAAUUGCAAGUUUUCUGAGAUCAGUAGGUAGCUUUUUAAAAAUUCACCUCAGUAGAUUCAAAUAGUUCACAAAAAAACAUAAAAAAAUGCGAUGAAUAUUCAUUAAAAAAACCCAGGAAAAAAAGAUUUGUCGGAAAGGUGGCCGUCGGAAAGUUCCCUAGCGAUUUGAAAAAAUCGGAAAAGUCGCCGUUUGAAAUUUCGCUGAUCUUUUUUUCAUACCACCGGAAAAUCUGCUUUUAAGGCUACUUUUUCUGGUUUUUACUCCAAAAAUAAAAUGAAAGAAGGGUUGUACACUGUUUUUUAAAUUGAAAAUUUUGAUUCCAAUCAAAAAACGCCGUUUCCAGAACAAAAUCAUCGACCAACCGACCGCCUUCAACAACUUGAUAUUGGUAGACUCUCAUUUAGAACCUUCAAAAGUUUAAAAAAAUCAUAAUUUGAGGCCCUGAAAGAGUUCCGGAUAUCACUGGAAACUCUGUGUAAAUAUGAUUGGAUCCCGAUUCCCAUCGCCUAUCCACAGGUUCUCUUUUAAUACUUCCUUUUUUCGAUUUAUUAUGUUGAUUUAAGGUCGUAUUUCUUGCAGUUCGUGUGUAUUUUUGUUGUGUGUCUUUUUGA